CGACUUGCUACAGUAUCGCAAGCAAAGUGCAUUCAAGGUGACGCAGUUAGUUGUACGAUAAGCUCAGUACGGUUUAAAGUUAUGGAAAAUAUUUUUUCGUUGUUCACCUUUUUGGUGGUGUGUACGAGUCUAGGUUAUGCCUCACAUCAUGGCUUCGAUGAAACAUCGUAUGGCGGUCAUCAUCCAAUUGAAACUCAUUCAGAGGUCUCUAAGCAUGUACCGGUUAAAGUAAUCGAGAAAGUGCCGCUCUCCAUCCCGCAUCCGGUGCCUGUAAAGGUGCCCAAUCUUAUACGCAUAGAAAUACCCGAACCAUAUGCAGUGCAUGUGCCGGUGGAACAGGAAAUUCAAGUGCCCACAUAUAAUAUUGUGCCCGAGAUUACCGAAAAACGUAUACCCUAUACUGUUGAGAAACCAUAUCCGGUAGAAGUGGAGCGUCCAUAUCCUGUAGAAGUGGUGAAACAGAUCAAAAUUCCUGUUCCAAAACCAUACCCCGUGCCAGUAACUAUUUACAAACAUGUUGUACAGAAGGAUCAUGGUUGGGAUUAAUCUAAUAUAAUAGAUGAUCUAACAUAAUAGAAGACUGUGGGUGCCUAUGGAGAAAAAUCUGUAGAUAUCUCAAUGCUAUUAUAUAUGUAUUUAUAUUCAAGUAUUUUAUGCAAUAAAAGUGGAAGAUGGAUUAAUUUGUAUACU